UUUCAUUUUUCAAGGCGGGUUGUCAUGCAGCGCCAUCGUAUCGGCAAGACGGAUAAAUUAAUAGUGGAAGAAUUCUAGGGUGAUCACAUACCCACACAUCUGGAGGCUCCUUGGUUGCAAAUUCUCCCUGAGGCCCUGGUCGGAGAGCGUCGGAGGAUGGUCAGCCAAAUUACGAUCUUUACCUCGAUACGAAGGCUUCACUAAGCAGGACAUGCUGUAUAAAAGCGUGGGGCGCUAGGGAAUCAUCCCCCCAACUGCUGGUCGGUCCUCACCUUUUCUUUGCUGGUCGAAGAAGCACCCAAGCCCUUAGACCGUAGAACGAUCCGUUCAAUUCUCGCAUCCUCGUCGUUCAUUUCUUCGACUAUUCAUACUUGUUGCUUCUUAUUCCAGUGAGUUUUUCAGUUCUCACCUCAUCAUCAACAUGCGUUGCAACUUCGUCGCCUGUUUUGUUCUUGGGCUUGCCACCGUUGUGUAUACUGCCCCAGUAGCGAGCCGUCGAGAUGCCGGCCCCGCCCCCCUUGCUGGACUGACCUCCCCACCCAACCAGGGUGGCUUGGCUUCUAUGGCAUCUUUGGAGACCCGUAGUGACGUGGUCGUCUUUAGAUUCCCACCAACCGAGCCUGUUGCGGGAGCUUCAGUGUCGACAUUCCAUCUGCCAUAUAUGAGUAGCAAGCCUGCCAAGGUUAUAAAGGACAAGGCAGCAGAGGAGUUAGCUCAAUCAACGGUCAAGAGAUUCUUACAAGUUUGCGGCUUCGAGAGUCGGUUGGAACCAGGCUCCAUUUUUGGUGGCACCUCUGAAGAAGCUAAGGAUCAAAUUCAUUUCCUCGCUUCGAACGUUCCGGGAUUUGAGAAUGCCGGAGGAUGGGCAACAUCAGAAGGGGAUGGAGAAUUGCAGGGGACCGAGGGUGGAAAAAUAAAACAUGCAUCUGUCAAGAAUUGGCAUAAAACAAGUUAAAGGGUCAUGGAUUGUCGGAGGAACUGUAUCAAAGGUUGCUCUGUCUUGAUUGUGACCUGCCAAUGUAUCUAAUACUAGUUCGACGGGGUCAGAGUGCAUAUAUG